AUGGUGGUGUUUGUUGACCAUGACCACGAUGUCUUCAACAGGCAUCGCUUCCUUGGAGCCCACGAUGACACAUAUCAGGCGUACCUUUUGCCCGAUAAGCCUGCGCUGUCGAAGUUGAAGGGUAUCAGCUCUGAUCCGUCAAAUCUUCCUGAAAAUGAUCAUCCUGCUGAUUCAAUGCACGGUCGUACAAAACAUGACGGCUCUCAUGAGAUACUGAAUCGAAAUGGGUUUUCAGCUGCUUUGAGUUGCUAUCCAAUUGUCAAGGAAAUUGCCCGACAAGUCGAUCUCAAUACCCUGUAUGCCCUCUCCCGAACCUGCCGUCAGUUCUAUGCCAAUCUAGCACCAUAUCGCCAUCAGCUGGUGAAGCAGACCCUUCGUUGUGAGAACGAGUAUAUUGAAACUUUGUCGGACCUCUUGGAUGGCAGUGCGGCUAUUCCUGACAGCGUGAAAUCUGUGCUCCGACUUAUGUGCUCGGGAUAUGGUAGCGGAGUGUCGGAGAUGCUCCAGGAUCGUAUGCAGGAAUUGCGCCAUCAAAUCCCCUACCAGAAAUAUGCUCAAAAAUCGCGUUCGUCGUCUAUGUACCACCUGCCAAACGGCACCCUUGGCGGCCCAUCUGACCUGGAAUACUUCCAGUACAACUACUUCUGA